AUGGACAUCUACAGGGAUCGUCACAGCCGGGAGGAGUUGCCUGGGAAGCACGCUCUCAUUCGAUGCCGCCGCACACCGGACAUCGUCAGAUUCGACAAGUCCUCAAGUCGAUCCUCUCCUCUCCUCCGAUCGAGCAUGAAGGAGACCUGUUUUGUCUUGGUUGCAGAAGAGGAGCCUGAUGUCAGCCUCGAGCCACCUGACUCCGAUCAAUUGGCGAAGAUGCACCCGGAUUCCAGGAAACUCUCAGAUCACGUUCCCAGCAAAGCUGAAGCGCGCAUUAGCGAGGGGCAACUACUGUGCGCUGGCGGAGCGGCGUCUCCUGCGUCUGUGAAUCCUCGGGAGUCGGGACUGAUCAUCGCGAUUGUGGCGGAGUCUGUGCAUUUACGAAGGCGCCACACUGGCUCUGCCUGGAAUCAAUGCGACGAUGUUCUGACGUGGCAGGCGAACUUUCCUUCUCGAUAUCAGAAUCGACGCGAGUCUGGCUCGAACACUCGGCGGAGGGAGGGACAGGGUGCAGCUGUGACGGACAGGGUUCUCCGGAUUGUCAUUGGUGCAUGCACGUGUGUGGCUUUUCUGCUUCUCGGAGCCGGUAAAAAUAACGUGAUGGCGAAGGGUGUGCGCCCCCUGUCCCACAACCCCCUCUCCCACACAAUCCACACUGGUGGAUCGUCUGGAUCCAGGAUCAAACACCCUGUUGGAGACGUCUGUGUGGUCCUCGACGGGCAAGCCCAAGCUUUGUUCGGAUGA